AGAUAUUAAAACAAUUUACUGAACAAUUUACUGAAACUGGACAAUUAAAGAUAUGAGCCAGCGAGGAAGAAAUAAUAAUUGCCGCAGCCGAAGCUUUUCUAGGACAAGAACAGCUAUACAUCUGAUCUGAGAAGGCAAUAAAACAAAACAUAUAAUUGGGAAAGAAAUCAGUGAUUAUCGAAUUAUCAAGAAACUAAGCUAUUGGCUGUGACGUUAGAAAAUGGCGAAGAUUGCAGAUUUGGAUAAUGAGGUACGUGGUAAUAUGAGCAGAUACUGGAAACGUCACUCUAUCCAAGGGACAAUUGAAGAAAUGAUGCUCGACUCUAAUGCCUCAAGUCUACAUGUGGCUGAGGAGAGAGAGAUUUUGGCAUUGUUGCCUAGCUACAAAGCAAAAGAUGUCAUAGAACUUGGAGCGGGAAUAGGUCGAUUCACCGGAGAGAUUGCCCAGAAAGCCAAGUCUAUAAUAGCUGUUGAUUUUAUGGAAAACUUUUGUGAAAAGAACAAAGAAGCAAACGGUUCCUAUGGUAAUGUGGAAGUAUUGUGCGCAGAUGUUACCAAGCUGAAUUUGCUCUACAACAGUGCAGACAUUGUGUUCUCUAACUGGCUGCUGAUGUAUCUCUCCAAUGAUGAAGUUGCAGACCUAGCCAAGAAAAUGUUGCUAUGGUUACGCAAAGAUGGCUAUCUUUUCUUCCGAGAAUCAUGCUUCCAUCCAUCAGGAAACACCCAGCGACUCCAGAAUCCUUCAAAAUACAGAGAUCCAGCCUGCUAUCAGAAAAUAUUCCAGUCUGUUUAUUCCACUGAUAGAGAAAGCAUCUCCAUAUUUGCGUUGAAACGUAUGAGCUCAGUUCAAACUUACAUCAAGCAUAAGGACAAUCCUAACCAAGUUUGGUGGCUGCUACAGAAACAACAGAUAAAUAAGAUGGAUGAUUACCAUGGUUACAAGACAUUCCAGGAGUUCUUAGAUAAUGAACAAUACAGUCGGAAUAGUAUCUUGCGAUAUGAGAAAAUAUUUGGGAAAGAUUUCAUCAGCACUGGUGGCCUGGAAACAACAAAGGAGUUUGUUGGUAUGUUGGACAUGAAGGAGGGGGAUGAAGUUUUAGAUGUAGGCUCUGGUAUAGGUGGCAGUGCAUUCUACAUGGCAGAGAAAUUCAAAGCUAAUGUCCUCGGCAUUGACCUUUCGUCCAAUAUGAUCAAUAUCGCUUAUGAACGUGCCAACGAAAGAGAAGAUCGUCGAGUCCAGUUUGAGCUUUGUGAUGCUACUCAGAGAGAGUUUUCAGAUGGGGCGUUUGAUGUUGUGUACAGUAGAGAUACCAUAUUACACAUCGAAGACAAAUUGGGACUUUUCAAAAAGUUUCUUAAAUGGCUGAAGCCAGGUGGAAGAUUGCUCAUAACGGACUAUUGCUGUACAGAUGACAAAUGGUCAGACAUUUACACUGAGUAUGUUAAACAAAGAGGGUACCAUCUGAUGUCUCCUAAACAAUAUGGGAAGGUGGUAUCAGAAGCAGGGUUCAUUGAUGUCAGCGCUGAGGACAGGACCUGGCAGUUUAUUGAGGUCCUCAAUAGAGAGCUUACCAACACAGAGGCCAACAGGGACACAUUUAUAAAGGAUUUUGGUGAGGCGGAUUACCAGUAUAUUCUAGAUGGUUGGCAUGACAAACUAAAGAGAUGCAACAUGGGUGACCAGAAAUGGGGACUUGUAGUGGCCAGGAAACCAUUGUAG